GUGGCUGGUGUUGUCUGUCCAGCUGCUCCUACAUGGAGGUGCCCUGCAGAAGCUGUACCUAAGAGCUGGACCAGGCAGUAACCACUAUUUAGUGAAUCCUUUAUGGACAACCUCCGUGGUAGCCAAAAAAUCGGCGGGCCAUGGAUAAGAGGCAUGCAGCAUUCAAAUCACCUUCUGAAAGAACCAAACCUGCCCCGAAGAUAGAAGGGUUUGCAUUUCCUUUCUUUAAACAAGCUUUAGAAGGUGUUGCAGUGCCUCUCCCACCAGAGACAGAAGAAGAAGCUGUUCAGAUGUCGGAGAACAUUUUCCAGAGGAGGUCUGACUAUGAGCAGAAGGGCUUGGAGACAGAAUAUCCCAGAGAACAGGAGAAGGCUGCAGAACACACCUUGUACAGACAAUAUGAGGAAAAGAUCAGGCCCUGCAUUGAUCUCGUCGACAGCCUGAGAGCUCUGGGAAUAGAGAAGGACCUGUCCCUGCCUGCGAUCGCAGUGAUUGGAGACCAGAGCUCUGGGAAGAGCUCUGUCCUAGAAGCCCUGUCUGGUGUUGCUCUUCCCAGAGGCAGUGGUAUUGUCACUCGGUGUCCCCUGGAGCUUAAACUGAAGAGGUUGCCCAAGGGCCAGGUGUGGCAAGGGAGAAUCUGUUACCGCAACGUUGUCAUGGACCUCCAGAGCCCCUCUGAGGUGGACAGGGCAAUAAGACAAGCCCAGGAUGUUGUUGCUGGUCCUAGAGGUGCCAUUAGUGCAGAAUUAAUUUCCCUAGAGGUUCGGUCCCCAGAUGUCCCAGAUUUGACACUAAUUGAUCUUCCUGGAAUUGCCAGAGUGGCCGUGGGGGACCAGCCAAAAGACAUCGGGGAACAGAUCAAAAUUCUCCUUAAAAGAAUUAUUGGUUGCAAAGAGACAAUCAAUUUGGUAGUGGUGCCAUGUAAUGUGGAUAUUGCAACAACAGAAGCCUUGAAAAUGGCCCAGGAGGUGGAUCCCAGUGGAGAAAGGACACUAGGGAUCCUCACCAAACCCGACCUGGUGGACAGAGGAACUGAAGAGUCUAUCAUUAGAAUAAUGCAAAACAUGGUAAUCCCCCUCAAAAAGGGUUACAUGAUCGUGAAGUGUCGUGGGCAGCAGGACAUCCACAACAAAGUGACCUUGGCCUCUGCAAUCCAGCAGGAGAGGAACUUCUUUGCGAGUCACAGACAUUUCAGUGUUCUUUUGGAAGAAGGAAAGGCUACUAUCCCUCAUCUGUCGGUGAAGCUCACAAAUGAACUUGUGAACCACAUUAUUAAAACUUUGCCAACACUGGAGAGCCAAAUACGUGAGACACUCCAUAAAACGUUACAGGACCUACAAAGGUACAAUAGAGGCACACCCAAAACAGAGUCUGAGAAGCUGAUUUUCCUCACAGAUUUGAUCAAACUUUUUAACCAAGACAUCUCUCGGACAAUGCGAGGGGAGGAGCAGCUGUUUGGGAAUGAAAUCAGACUGUUCACGAAAAUCCGCCGGGAGUUUCGAACGUGGGGAGCGAUUCUGCUGGAGUGUGCUGAGAAGGCUAAGAAAAGUGUACCCAGCAAAGCAAACAAAUACGAAGACCAGUACCGUGGGAGGGAGUUCCCAGGCUUUACCAACUACAGGACGUUUGAGGACAUCAUAAAAGAGCAGAUCCUGGAACUGGAGGAGCCAGCCGUCGAGAUCCUGAACAACGUGAUCCAACUGGUUGAAGAGAAAUUUAUGGAAAUCGUUAAAAGGAAUUUUGCUAAUUUUCACAAUCUAAGCCGGGCUGCUAAGAUGAGAAUUGAAGACAUUAAAGAGAAACAAGCGGCAGAGGCCGAAAGACAUAUCCGGACACAGUUUAAAAUGGAGAGAAUUGUAUACUGCCAGGAUGACAUUUACCUUUGUGAUUUUAAUACUGUUAAGGCCAAUAUGCCGCAAAAUUUAUUUCAAGCUCCAAAAGAAGAACCCUCCUUUGUCCAGGAAAUGGUUUCUCACACAAAGGCCUACUUCUCUGGAGCAAGCAAACGCCUCUCCAAUCAGAUACCUCUGAUCAUCCUGUCCUCUGUCCUUCACGACUUCGGGAACAUUCAGACCACAAUGCUCCAUCUUUUGCAAGAUAAAGACAAGUUAAUCGUUCUCCUUGAGGAGGACAGUGAGGCUGCUAAACAUAGGAACUAUCUCACUCAGCGAGUCGAUCGUCUCACCAAAGCCUGUCAGUACCUGAGAGAUUUCAGCUCGCUGUAAUUUCUUUUUUUCAUAGGCAUUUUUCCUGUUUUCUAGCAUUAUUGAAGAAUUUCGUAUAAUCCCCUAAACAUUUAAUGUCAGCCCAGACCUUUAACACUAAUUUCUAGUGCUCAGUUCUGCUUUAUUUUCCAUAAUCAGUUUUAUGCAAGCACCUACCUUUACAUAAAGGGCUCCAAUGGGGGAGCUGUGAUUAAACAAAUGUUAUCCUAUUUCUUGCUUCAUGAACUUUGUAAAAUCAUUGAAAUGAUUAUAAAAAAGCUGCCACUCUGAGGGUUGUAUGUUUUGUUGUCUUUCCUGGCAUUGCCUAAGAGAUGACCCUGCAAAGUGUCACCACUGUUAAGUGUCGGCCCAAUAGGCAGAGAGGGAACACACAAUGGGAAUGAAACAGUUACAGUCUGGAAGGAAAUAAAAGUUUACUUCAUCUGAUGGGUACCUCCACAGGAUGCCAUUGGCUCUGUUGAGUCUCCUUUUUCAGUUCUCUGAUUUGCAGAGAAAGGCUAAGAGGCUCUUUCUCUUGGAUGCCUGGAACAUCACCUGAAAUUUUGGGACUGAUGGGCAAUUCGAUACACGGCAGGAUUUGUAUGUCCAAAAUGGAUUAAGCCACCCAGGAUGUUAAAUAUUAGAAGGCUGUCUCAGCAUGUGGCUUGUAGGGAUUUCUGAUAUGGGAAAACAGCAAGAAAUGGACGUUGUUACCCUGGUAGGACGCAAGCCAUGGGAAAAGGAGGAGCGGUUCCCUUGGGCAGAAAGAGGAA